AAGCGCGCAAUUAGUUAAAACGGCGAUCUCGUCUGCAUAUUUCACUCGCACCCUUCUGAACUGAAGACAAUUCUCCAAUUGUCAGCCAUGGCGGCGCCUCAUAUUUUCCGGCCAAACCAUAACCUCAUCAUUCUACCCAUACUAUCCCUCCUAUUCACCUCCACCGUCGCCGCCGCCACCGAGCUCCAAUCCCUCCUCGCCAUUAAAACCGCCCUUCAAAACACCGAUACCAAAAUAUUUGACACCUGGAACGCGCGCCAUUCUCCCUGCGAUUUCCCCGGAGUUACGUGCGAUUCAAAUGGCUCAGUCAAAGAAAUCGAACUUUCCCGGCGAGGCCUCUCUGGCUCUGUCCCUUUCGAUUCUAUCUGCUCUCUUAAAUCGCUGGAAAAGCUCUCUCUGGGCUUUAAUUCACUCUCCGGCGAAGUCUCCGACAGCUUGGAUAAAUGCGUUAGUCUAAGGUAUUUAGACCUUGGGAAUAAUUUAUUCUCCGGAAAAAUUCCGGGAAUGUCUUCGCUCACUGAGAUGACGCAUUUGUACUUGAACAACAGUGGAUUCACCGGAAAAUUUCCCUGGCAUUCGCUGGAAAAUAUGACGAAAUUGGAGGUUCUUAGUCUCGGGGACAAUCCGUUCGAGAGAACAACGUUGCCGGAUUUUAUUGUAAAGCUUACGAGUUUGAAUUGGCUGUAUUUAUCGAAUUGCAGCCUAGAAGGGAAGAUCCCAGAAGGUAUCGGAAACCUAACGGAGCUCCUCAAUUUGGAGUUAUCAAUGAAUUACAUUUCCGGCGAAAUUCCCGCCGGAAUCACGAAGCUCCGGAAGCUAUGGCAGCUGGAAGUGUACGCCAAUGAUCUCACCGGAAAACUGCCGGACGGGUUCGGAAACCUCUCGAAUCUUCAAUACUUCGACGCUUCAUCCAAUCAUCUUUACGGCAGUCUUUCUGAAAUCAGGUUCUUGAAUAAGCUCAUAAGUUUGCAGCUUUUUGAAAAUCACUUUUCCGGCGAAGUCCCGCCGGAGUUGGGCGAUUUCAAGAACUUGGUUAAUUUAUCGAUCUACACGAAUAACCUCACCGGAACUCUUCCGGCUAAGCUUGGGUCGUGGGCGGAAUUUGAUUUCAUCGACGCGUCGGAGAAUUUCUUCACCGGUCCUAUUCCGCCGGAUAUGUGCAAACAGGGGAAGAUGAAGGAGCUUCUGAUACUUCAGAAUAACUUCUCCGGUGAAAUCCCCGAAACUUACGGGAACUGUUAUAGUCUUAAACGUUUUCGCGUCAGCAAGAAUUCGCUUUCCGGGGAAAUUCCUAACGGAAUUUGGGGACUGCCGAAUCUCAACAUUAUUGAUAUUGCGAAUAACGGAUUCGAAGGUUCUAUAACUGCCGAUAUCAAGAAUGCUAAGUCGUUGGGGCAGUUGUUCGUUUCGAAUAACAAAUUGUCCGGAGAAAUUCCGCCCGAAAUCUCCGGGGCUUCUGCUUUGGUGUCGAUUGAUUUGAGCAAUAAUCAGUUCUCCGGCAAGAUUCCGGCGACAAUUGGGGAGUUGAAGCAGCUAGACACUCUUAAUUUUCACAACAAUGAGUUCUCGGGUUCAAUGCCGGAUUCACUGGGCUCAUGUGAUUCUCUCAGUGACAUCAAUAUAGCUUUCAACUCUCUCUCCGGCCAAAUCCCGGCCUCUCUUGGAUCUUUGCCGACUUUAACUUCAUUGAAUUUAUCCGGCAAUCAUCUCUCCGGAGAAAUCCCCGGAGCUUUAUCAUCGUUAAAGCUCAAUUUGGUUGAUUUUUCCAAUAACCAGUUAUCCGGUCCCGUACCGGACUCCCUCUCAGUCGCCGGCAGAUUCACCGGAAAUCCAAGACUCUGUAGCCAGAAAAUCAAGAACUUCAAAAAGUGUUCCGGAAAAUCCGGAACCUCCCCCGCCGUACACACUCUCUUGCUCUGUUUAUUGUCUAUUUCCGUCGCGCUCUUAGCCUCGCUGGCGUGUUUCUUCUACUUAAAGAAGAACGGCGGCCGGAACGACCAUGAACGGUCUCUUAAGGAAGACUCCUGGGCCGUCAAAUCCUUCCGAUCAUUAACCUUCACGGAGGGCGAAAUUCUUGACGCGAUCAAGCAAGAGAAUCUGGUCGGGGAAGGCGGGUCUGGGAGCGUCUACCGGGUCGUCUUGCGAAACGGGUCCGAAUUAGCCGCGAAACACAUAUGGAACUCCGGGCCCACCGCCCGGAGACGCUCCCUCGCCACCACGCCUAUGCUGGGGAAACGCGGCGUCAAGUCGAAGCAGUUCGAGGCCGAGGUUCAAACGCUUAGCUCCAUCCGACACGUUAACGUUGUAAAACUGUAUUGCAGCAUAACCAGCGAGGAUUCGAGCGUGCUGGUCUACGAGUAUUUGCGCAACGGGAGCUUAUGGGACAGGUUGCACACAUGCAAGAAGAUGGGUUUGGACUGGGAAACGAGGUACGAGAUUGCUGUCGGGGCCGCCAGGGGUUUAGAGUAUUUGCACCACAGCUGCGACCGCCCCAUAAUCCACAGAGAUGUCAAGUCGAGUAAUAUCCUAUUGGACGAGUUCUUCAAGCCCAGAAUUGCAGAUUUCGGCCUCGCAAAGAUUCUCCAAUAUGAAACCACUUGUAAAGACUCCACUCAUGUCAUUGCAGGAACUCAUGGAUACAUCGCUCCAGAAUACGGAUACACGCAAAAGGUGAAGGAAAAGAGCGACGUGUACAGCUUCGGGGUGGUGCUGAUGGAGCUCGUGACGGGGAAGAAGCCAAUAGAGGCCGAGUAUGGAGAGAACAACAACAUUGUGAGCUGGGUGAGCACGAAGUUGAAGAGCAAAGAGAGCAUAAUGAGCAUGGUUGAUUCAACCAUCCAAGAGCCAUUCAAGGAAGAUGCAAUCAAGGUUUUGAGGAUAGCAAUUUUGUGCACUGCUGCCCUCCCAAAUUCAAGGCCAACCAUGAGGAGAGUGGUUCAAAUGUUGGAGGAUGCUGAGCCUUGCAAAUUGGUAAGCAUCAUUGUCUCCAAAGAUAAUGCUGCUAAAGUUGACAACCCAUCAUCAGACAACACCUCAAAGAUGUAACCUUAAAACUAUGUUAAUUUCUAUUGGGUUGUAAGCCUCUCAAGGAUCAUGUACAAAGGUUGUAGUGUAAUAUAAACAUAUAUAAUGUAGUGCCAUGCUGUAUAAUUUCCAUUUUUGUAUUAAUUGUACCGCAUGUUUUAUAAUAAUCUUGAAUUCCCAUUGUCAACCAA